AUGCAACUGAGGAAUGGCAAAGCUUUGUGGGUUAGCCCCUCGAAGCCUUUUGCUGUGCGUGAGAAAGGGAAGCUGCUAAGGGCAGGUUUCGAUAGACUUCUUCGUGCAGCAGGCCUCAGUCAUGAUGACGACACGGUAGAGAUCGACUGGAACAUGGCUGUUGUUUGGGUUCAGGCAGGGAGGGUCAUGGCCUUGGAUGCCAGCAGUCUCUUCGCUGCGACUGAACACAAGGUCAUUGCAGUUAGAUUCUCGGGGCAGGGCUUGCGGUUGCAUGGUGAUUGUCAUUUCAACCUGAGCGUUCUUGCUGGCAAGCUGGCGUGGAUGUGGGUGAGCUUGAAGCAAAGCUGA